AAUCAAAAAUUAAAACAAACUGUUUAGUAAACACUAAUUUCAUAAUAAAAUAGAUUAUAAUGGUAGAUUUCUUAGCAGAAAAUAAUGUUUGUGGCCAAAACAUUCUUCAAUUGGUGUCGAGAGGUAACGCAAUUAUAGCAGAAAUUUUAAGAUUAAAAGAUUACAUUCCUAAUUUGUUUCGGUUACAAAGCAAACAAGAUGCCCAAAAGUAUGGGGAAAUAAUCUUGGAUUUUGGUUAUUUUAAAAUUGCUGAAGCGCAAGAAUAUAAAAUUGAAAAUAAUGAUGCGCUCCAAGAUUUGGAUGGUGAAUUUCGCGACAACCACAUCCAAAUCAUACAAAGAUUUUAUUUGGUUUUUAAAAGUAUUCAUACCUACGUUACUGAUUUAAUACAUUAUAUCGACGAAUUAAAUGAUGGGAUGUAUCUACAUCAAUCGUUGGAGAGUGUUUUUAGUGAUGUUGAAGGUCGUCAAUUAAUGUGCGAAGCUCUUUAUUUAUAUGGUACCAUGUUACUAAUAGUUGAUGCCCAUAUUGAAGGAAUUAUAAGAGAAAGACUGUUAGUAUCUUAUUAUCGCUAUACACCUCAACAAAGUGAUACACAAAGUUGUAUAGAUGAAGUAUGUAAACUUUUACGAGAUACGGGUUUAACAACUAAAAAACCUAAUAACUAUCCUGAAGAUUAUUUUCGUCGAAUAACUUUACCAUCGUCUUACGUUGAUAUAGUGAUUGGGCGUUUACGUUCAGAUGAUAUUUAUAACCAAUUAACAGUUUAUCAACGUACAAAACAUCGAAGUACGGCUUUAUCAUCACAAGCUGCAAUGUUAUACAUCUGUUUAUUUUUUUCAACAAACAUUUUACACAAUCAAACUGCGAUAAUGCGCGAAAUCGUUGAUAAAUAUUUCCCGGAUAAUUGGGUUAUUUCAAUUUACAUGGGAUUUACUUGCAAUUUAAUAGAAUCCUGGGAAUCUUUUAAAGCAGCAAGAACCGCUUUAAAUAACACUUUAGAAGUAUCAAACGUAAAAUUUUUAUCCGACUUACACAACAGAAAAAUUCAGGAAUUAUACGCUUUAACAUCGAAGUAUUUGCAAGAAGGAAUUAUAACAAGAGAUAAUUUACUAUCGAUUAUUAACAAUAUAAUUAAUUUAUUAAAAGAUUGUAACGUAGUUGUACGCUGGUUAGUUUUACACACAUCGAGCGUGGAUGAAAAGAAUAAAAAAAGCAAACAAAUUCGUGAUAUGGUCAUCACCGAAUCGAAGUGUGAAAAUAAUCAUAUUUUUAAAUUAUUAUUACACACCGCCCAAUUAGAGUUAAUAACACGGGAUAUAUUCAAAAAUUUAUUAAGCGAAAAAGAACAAAAUUGGGAAGACCUAAAAAAAGAAAGUUACAACAGCUUAAUCGAACUCUCAGAAGUUUUUGGUGGCACCAAACCUUUAACCAGAGUUGAAAAAAAUCCCAGCCUAAACAAAUGGUUUUUAGAAAUAGCAAAACAAGUCGAAUCUUUAAUCCAAUCUGAUAAUGCAUCAGCAAGGAAACUAAUUCAACUUAUUCAAGCUUUAGAAGAAGUGCAAGAAUAUCACCAACUUGAUGCUCACAUGCAAAUCGUUCAAUUUUUAUCAGAAACGCGUAAAUAUUUAAAUCAAAUGAUCGGCAACAUGAAUAUAAAAGAAGAUAUUUUAAUUACAAUGCAAAUAAUCGGGGAUAUAAGCUAUGCAUGGGAAUUAAUCGAUUCAUACACCCCAAUCAUGCAAUCGGGCAUUAAACGCGAUCCUAAUUUAGUAAUUCAAUUAAGAGCUGUUUUUUUAAAACUAGCCUCGGCGUUAGAAAUCCCGUUAUUACGUAUUAAUCAAGCUCACAGUGAAGAUUUCGUUUCCGUUUCUCAGUAUUUUAGCGGAGAACUUGAAAUAUAUAUGCGCAAAGUGCUUCAAAUUAUUCCAAGGAUGAUGUUUGAAAAAUUAGCGAAAAUCAUUGAGAUGCAAACGAAUGUUUUAAAAGAAUUACCAACUAAACUCGAUAAAGAUAAAAUUAGGGAAUAUGCUCAAUUAAAAGAACGCUUUGAAUACGCUAAAUUAACACAUUCAAUUUCAUUAUUUAGUAUGGGAAUGCGAAUGAUGAAAAGUACUUUAGUUGGUGUGAUUUGUUUGGAUCCAAAAAAUUUAUUAGACGAUGGCAUUCGCAAAGAACUUGUUCAACACAUUUCAAAAGCGCUUCACAAGGAAUUGGUGUUUUCCCCAAAAGGAAAACAUGAAGAUUUUUUGAGUAAAUUAAAAACGUUAGCCGCUAUUAUGGACGGUUAUAAACGCUCGUUUGAAUACAUCCAGGAUUAUGUAAGCAUAAAUGGUUUAAAAACUUGGCAAGAAGAAGUUACACGCAUAAUUAAUUACAACGUCGAGCAAGAAUGUAACGGAUUUUUACGAAAUAAAGUCCAUGCAUGGGAGAGCGUGUAUCAAAGUCGAAUAAUUCCUAUACCAAGUUAUUCCCCGAUUGAUAAUGUUAGCGAAAAUUUUAUUGGCCGAUUAGCAAGAGAAAUUAUUCGUCUAACAGAUACAAAAACUACUUCAUAUAUUGAACAAACCGCGACAUGGUAUGAUGUAAAAACUAGGAAAAUUAUCGUUAAUAAACAGACGAUUAAUUUAAUUAUGUCAGCUAUUGAAGUUACCGGUUUAGUUGGUUUAGAUCGUUUAUUUUCAUUUAUGAUAACCACAAAUCUCCAAAAAGUAAUAACAAUACUUGAGAAUAAAGACAAUAAAAAUGUAACCUGGACGAAUGUUAUGUCUGCAAUUAACGGUGAAUUAAAAACGAUCGAAACCAACGCAAACAUUUCGAAAUAUUAUCAAAAUUGUAUUAAUCGCACCACGAAGUUAUUCGUUAAUUUCUUAGAGUUGGUGUUAAAUAUUGGACAAUUACAAUUAUUAAGGAAUUUAAUUAAUUUUCAUUUAAAUACAACGUGUAAGUUUAAUUCGAAAAAUUUAGAAGCUUCUUUGAGUGCGUUAAAUAAGGCUCUUCUAAGUGAUAUUCUUAAUCAUUCAGAACCAACUCCACCAGAAGACACCCUUUUUAAAUUAUCUCAAUAUUUUGAUUACACCGGAAUGAAUAAUCCAUGUAAUAAAAUUUAUGUUACUGUUAAAACUAAGGAAGCCUAUGCUUCCAUUUUAUUUAUGUUUGUUGUUGCUCAUUUACAAAAAUUGUAUUUCUUUGUAUCAGGCGGGAAUAUAAAACGUACGAUAGAUCAAUAUGAUGGCCCCCCUUUAAUUUUUGGAUUGCACACAGUUAUUAAACAAUUUAAUACGAAUUUAAACGAUUUAUUUAUACAAUAUUUAUGUAAAUAUGUUAUUCAAUUAUCAAAGCAAUCAAGUUUAAAAUCAAUGGAUGUUAAUCAAGAUGCAUUUUUAGCAUUAAAAUUUUUAGAUUCUUAUGCAACCUUAUCAAAAACAUCAAAAGAAUAUUUAAGGAACCAUGUACCAGAUGAAUUAUUUUAUUUAUAUCAAUCAAUAUGUACUGUAAAUGCAUAAAUUGAUUACUUUUUAUUAUAUUUAUUUUAUAUACAAAUUAUAAUUAAAUGUUUACACAAAUUAUUUAUA